CUGUAUAUAAACACCAUUGCUAUGAACCUAAAUGCUACCUCCACAUCUCUCACCUUUGCUUUUGCCUUUGCCUUUUUGUGAUUUAGAAACUCUCCUUCAUUCAAUGUCAUCCACUCUUUCUAUUUCGUUCCAUUGAAAUAUUCACUUUACUCGUCGUUGUUAUUUGUUGUUCAGGUGCUUUCAGUUUUAAGAAAUGGGUGACAAGUCAGCUAUCACUCUUGACGGGAUCAAGAACGAGACUGUUGAUUUGGAGAAAAUUCCGAUCGACGAAGUGUUUGAACAGUUGAAAUGUACCCGGGAAGGUUUAUCCUCCGAGGAGGGGAACAACAGAAUUCAAAUAUUUGGCCCCAACAAACUAGAAGAAAAAAAGGAAAGCAAAAUUCUCAAAUUUUUGGGGUUCAUGUGGAAUCCGCUCUCAUGGGUUAUGGAAUCCGCUGCUAUAAUGGCCAUUGCGUUAGCUAAUGGCAGCGGCCAGCCCCCGGAUUGGCAAGACUUUGUUGGUAUUGUUGGCUUGCUGGUCAUCAACUCCACAAUUAGUUUCAUAGAAGAAAACAAUGCUGGUAAUGCUGCUGCCGCUCUCAUGGCUGGUCUCGCCCCUAAAACUAAGGUUCUUAGAGAUGGAAAAUGGAGUGAACAAGAGGCUGCGGUUCUGGUUCCAGGAGAUAUUAUCAGCAUUAAAUUGGGAGAUAUCAUCCCUGCUGAUGCGCGUCUUCUUGAGGGUGAUCCGUUGAAGGUGGAUCAAUCUGCACUCACUGGAGAAUCACUUCCUGUGACCAAGAAUCCUGGGGAUGAAAUUUUCUCUGGUUCAACCUGCAAACAAGGUGAAAUCGAGGCUGUGGUUAUUGCAACCGGUGUUCACACCUUUUUCGGAAAGGCUGCACAUCUUGUGGACAGUACCAACCAAGUUGGUCACUUUCAGAAGGUGCUUACUGCCAUUGGAAACUUCUGUAUUUGUUCGAUUGCGAUUGGGAUGGUGGUUGAGAUCAUCGUCAUGUAUCCAAUUCAACACCGCAAGUAUAGAAAUGGAAUUGACAAUCUAUUGGUACUCUUGAUUGGGGGCAUUCCAAUUGCUAUGCCUACAGUUUUGUCUGUGACAAUGGCUAUUGGUUCUCACAAGCUGGCUCAGCAAGGCGCCAUCACCAAGCGUAUGACUGCCAUCGAAGAAAUGGCCGGUAUGGAUGUGCUAUGUAGUGACAAGACAGGGACACUGACUCUCAACAAGCUCAGUGUUGACAGAAACUUGGUUGAGGUGUUCGCAAAGGGCGUGGAAAAAGAUCAUGUGCUCCUGCUUGCAGCCAGGGCUUCUAGAAUUGAAAAUCAAGAUGCCAUUGAUUGUGCCAUUGUUGGAAUGCUUGCUGAUCCGAAGGAGGCUCGGGCCAAUGUUAGAGAGGUGCAUUUCUUUCCAUUCAAUCCUGUGGACAAGAGGACUGCUCUGACAUAUAUUGACUCUGAUGGCAACUGGCAUAGAGCAAGCAAAGGUGCCCCUGAGCAGAUCUUGAACCUUUGCAAUGCCAGAGAAGAUGUUAGAAAGAAAGCGCAUGCUAUUAUUGAUAAGUUUGCUGAACGUGGGCUUCGGUCAUUAGCUGUAGCAAGACAGGAAGUGCCAGAGAAAAGGAAAGAAAGUCCUGGAGCACCAUGGCAAUUCGUCGGUUUGCUGCCACUCUUUGAUCCUCCAAGGCAUGAUAGUGGUGAAACCAUCCGCCAGGCUCUUAAUCUCGGCGUGAAUGUCAAGAUGAUUACUGGUGAUCAACUUGCAAUUGCUAAGGAGACUGGCCGAAGACUUGGGAUGGGAACAAACAUGUACCCUUCGGCUUCUUUACUUGGCCAAGAAAAGGAUUCAAACAUAGCCGCCCUUCCUGUUGAAGAGUUGAUUGAGACUGCUGAUGGGUUCGCUGGCGUGUUUCCAGAGCACAAAUAUGAAAUUGUGAGGAAGUUGCAGGAGAUGAAGCACAUUUGUGGAAUGACUGGAGAUGGUGUCAAUGACGCUCCUGCGCUGAAGAAGGCCGAUAUUGGUAUUGCUGUUGCUGAUGCUACUGAUGCUGCAAGAGGGGCUUCUGAUAUCGUACUCACAGAGCCCGGAUUGAGUGUUAUUGUCCAUGCUGUGCUGACUAGCAGAGCGAUUUUCCAGAGGAUGAAGAAUUACACAAUCUAUGCAGUCUCAAUCACAAUUCGUAUUGUGUUUGGUUUCCUGUUUAUUGCUUUGAUAUGGAAGUUUGACUUUUCUCCAUUCAUGGUUUUGAUUAUUGCCAUUCUAAAUGAUGGCACAAUUAUGACAAUCUCAAAGGAUAGGGUGAAGCCAUCUCCUAUGCCAGAUAGCUGGAGACUCAAGGAGAUUUUUGCUACCGGAAUUUGUUUCGGAAGUUAUUUGGCAUUGAUGACUGUUAUAUUCUUCUGGGCUAUGCAUGAUACUCAUUUCUUCCCGGACACAUUUGGGGUGAGAGAUAUAAGUGGUGACGAUAAUCAAAUGAUGGCUGCAUUGUAUCUACAAGUGAGUAUUGUGAGCCAGGCUUUAAUUUUUGUGACUCGCUCGCGCAGCUGGUCCUAUGCUGAACGCCCUGGACUUCUACUGAUGUGUGCUUUUGUGAUUGCGCAAUUGGUAGCAACUCUGAUAGCUGUAUAUGCGGAUUGGGGUUUUGCUAGAAUUAAAGGUUUUGGUUGGGGAUGGGCUGGCGUCGUCUGGAUUUAUAGUGUUAUCUUCUAUAUCCCACUUGACUUUAUGAAGUUUGCCAUCCGUUACCUAUUGGCCGGGAAGGCCUGGAGCAACUUGCUCGAGAACAAGACUGCCUUCACUACCAAGAAAGAUUAUGGAAAGGGAGAAAGGGAAGCUCAAUGGGCUAUUGCUCAAAGAACCCUCCAUGGACUUCACCCACCAGAACCCACUAAUCUCUUCCCUGAAAAGGGUAACUACAGAGAGCUGUCUGAGAUUGCAGAGCAGGCUAAAAGACGCGCUGAAGUUGCAAGGCUUCGGGAGCUGCACACGCUCAAGGGUCACGUGGAGUCAGUUGUGAAGCUGAAGGGGCUGGACAUCGAAACGAUUCAGCAGCAUUACACGGCCAGCAACCACGUGGAACAGGCUCUCGUAGCGGACAGGACGAUUUGGGGAGGGUUGCUACCUAUGAGCAAGCGAAGUCACCUAGCUAGGAAAAUGGGUCGCCAUGUGCAUCGGCUUCGAAACCGUAGUGAAAGAGAUGGAAAAUGGAGUGAACAAGAGGCUGCGGUUCUGGUUCCAGGAGAUAUUAUCAGCAUUAAAUUGGGAGAUAUCAUCCCUGCUGAUGCGCGUCUUCUUGAGGGUGAUCCGUUGAAGGUGGAUCAAUCUGCACUCACUGGAGAAUCACUUCCUGUGACCAAGAAUCCUGGGGAUGAAAUUUUCUCUGGUUCAACAUGCAAACAAGGUGAAAUCGAGGCUGUGGUUAUUGCAACCGGUGUUCACACCUUUUUCGGAAAGGCUGCACAUCUUGUGGACAGUACCAACCAAGUUGGUCACUUUCAGAAGGUGCUUACUGCCAUUGGAAACUUCUGUAUUUGUUCGAUUGCGAUUGGGAUGGUGGUUGAGAUCAUCGUCAUGUAUCCAAUUCAACACCGCAAGUAUAGAAAUGGAAUUGACAAUCUAUUGGUACUCUUGAUUGGGGGCAUUCCAAUUGCUAUGCCUACAGUUUUGUCUGUGACAAUGGCUAUUGGUUCUCACAAGCUGGCUCAGCAAGGCGCCAUCACCAAGCGUAUGACUGCCAUCGAAGAAAUGGCCGGUAUGGAUGUGCUAUGUAGUGACAAGACAGGGACACUGACUCUCAACAAGCUCAGUGUUGACAGAAACUUGGUUGAGGUGUUCGCAAAGGGCGUGGAAAAAGAUCAUGUGCUCCUGCUUGCAGCCAGGGCUUCUAGAAUUGAAAAUCAAGAUGCCAUUGAUUGUGCCAUUGUUGGAAUGCUUGCUGAUCCGAAGGAGGCUCGGGCCAAUGUUAGAGAGGUGCAUUUCUUUCCAUUCAAUCCUGUGGACAAGAGGACUGCUCUGACAUAUAUUGACUCUGAUGGCAACUGGCAUAGAGCAAGCAAAGGUGCCCCUGAGCAGAUCUUGAACCUUUGCAAUGCCAGAGAAGAUGUUAGAAAGAAAGCGCAUGCUAUUAUUGAUAAGUUUGCUGAACGUGGGCUUCGGUCAUUAGCUGUAGCAAGACAGGAAGUGCCAGAGAAAAGGAAAGAAAGUCCUGGAGCACCAUGGCAAUUCGUCGGUUUGCUGCCACUCUUUGAUCCUCCAAGGCAUGAUAGUGGUGAAACCAUCCGCCAGGCUCUUAAUCUCGGCGUGAAUGUCAAGAUGAUUACUGGUGAUCAACUUGCAAUUGCUAAGGAGACUGGCCGAAGACUUGGGAUGGGAACAAACAUGUACCCUUCGGCUUCUUUACUUGGCCAAGAAAAGGAUUCAAACAUAGCCGCCCUUCCUGUUGAAGAGUUGAUUGAGACUGCUGAUGGGUUCGCUGGCGUGUUUCCAGAGCACAAAUAUGAAAUUGUGAGGAAGUUGCAGGAGAUGAAGCACAUUUGUGGAAUGACUGGAGAUGGUGUCAAUGACGCUCCUGCGCUGAAGAAGGCCGAUAUUGGUAUUGCUGUUGCUGAUGCUACUGAUGCUGCAAGAGGGGCUUCUGAUAUCGUACUCACAGAGCCCGGAUUGAGUGUUAUUGUCCAUGCUGUGCUGACUAGCAGAGCGAUUUUCCAGAGGAUGAAGAAUUACACAAUCUAUGCAGUCUCAAUCACAAUUCGUAUUGUGUUUGGUUUCCUGUUUAUUGCUUUGAUAUGGAAGUUUGACUUUUCUCCAUUCAUGGUUUUGAUUAUUGCCAUUCUAAAUGAUGGCACAAUUAUGACAAUCUCAAAGGAUAGGGUGAAGCCAUCUCCUAUGCCAGAUAGCUGGAGACUCAAGGAGAUUUUUGCUACCGGAAUUUGUUUCGGAAGUUAUUUGGCAUUGAUGACUGUUAUAUUCUUCUGGGCUAUGCAUGAUACUCAUUUCUUCCCGGACACAUUUGGGGUGAGAGAUAUAAGUGGUGACGAUAAUCAAAUGAUGGCUGCAUUGUAUCUACAAGUGAGUAUUGUGAGCCAGGCUUUAAUUUUUGUGACUCGCUCGCGCAGCUGGUCCUAUGCUGAACGCCCUGGACUUCUACUGAUGUGUGCUUUUGUGAUUGCGCAAUUGGUAGCAACUCUGAUAGCUGUAUAUGCGGAUUGGGGUUUUGCUAGAAUUAAAGGUUUUGGUUGGGGAUGGGCUGGCGUCGUCUGGAUUUAUAGUGUUAUCUUCUAUAUACCACUUGACUUUAUGAAGUUUGCCAUCCGUUACCUCUUGGCCGGGAAGGCCUGGAGCAACUUGCUCGAGAACAAGACUGCCUUCACUACCAAGAAAGAUUAUGGAAAGGGAGAAAGGGAAGCUCAAUGGGCUAUUGCUCAAAGAACCCUCCAUGGACUUCACCCACCAGAACCCACUAAUCUCUUCCCUGAAAAGGGUAACUACAGAGAGCUGUCUGAGAUUGCAGAGCAGGCUAAAAGACGCGCUGAAGUUGCAAGGCUUCGGGAGCUGCACACGCUCAAGGGUCACGUGGAGUCAGUUGUGAAGCUGAAGGGGCUGGACAUCGAAACGAUUCAGCAGCAUUACACGGUGUGAGAAGAAAGCUUUCUUGAGAGUUAUAAAAGGGAUUUGUUCAAAGACAAACCCUGUUUAAGAGAAAGUCUAUGUAAGUAGUAAUUAAAAAGUAUGAAGAUAAGGAGAGCUUUUUAUGUGUUAUAAUUCUCCUGGUCUAUUUGCUUUUCCUUUCUAUGUAUUUCAAUGUCAUAAGAAAGGACUAUUUGCUGCGAUAAAAGAGGCAAUGUAAUGCCCACGUGUUAUAUAUAUAAGUUCUCUAGCAUCAAUAUAA